AUGUCUCAACCAAGCUCUGCCAUCAAAAAGUCCUACAAAAUCGCCUCAAUCCCAGGCGAUGGAAUAGGCCCCGAGGUAAUAUCCGCAGGUAUACAAGUCCUCGAAAAACUAGCCAGUGCAAUCGAGACUUUUGAUCUGGAAUUCACACAUUUUGAUUGGAGCAGUACUUACUAUAAGGAACAUGGGAAGUAUUUACCGGGGAAUGCGUUGGAGCUGGUGAGGGGUUUUGAUGCGGUAUUGUUUGGGAGUGUGGGGGAUCCUGAUGUACCCGACCACAUAUCUCUCUGGGGUCUUCGCUUAGCUCUCUGUCAACCGUUGCAGCAAUAUGCUAAUGUACGACCUACGAGGAUUCUGAGGGGAAUAUCGUCGCCGCUGAGGAAUUGUGAGAGGGGGGAUUUGGAUUGGGUUAUUGUGAGAGAGAAUAGUGAAGGGGAAUACUCGGGGCAUGGAGGUAUUUCGCAUAAAGGGGAAAAGUGGGCGGUGGCUACUGAGACGAGUAUUUUUACGAGAAUGGGGGUUGAGAGGAUUAUGAGGUUUGCUUUUGAGACGGCAAGGGGAAGGGAAAGAAAACAUUUGACGAUUGUUACAAAGAGUAAUGCGCAGAGAAAUGGUAUGGUUUUUUGGGAUGAGGUGGCUGCGGAGGUGGGGAGGGAGUUUGAGGAUGUUAAGGUGGAGAAGAUGUUGGUUGAUGCCAUGACAACGAGAAUGGUGCUCCAGCCUCAAUCAAUCGAUACAAUCGUCGCCACAAAUCUCCAUGCCGACAUCCUCUCGGAUCUUGCAGCCGCCCUCGCAGGCUCUAUCGGCAUAGCCCCCACAUCCAACCUCGAUCCUACCCGAAAGAACCCAUCAAUGUUCGAACCCAUACACGGGAGUGCAUUUGAUCUUAUGGGCAAAGGGAUCGCGAAUCCCGUCGGGACCUUCUGGAGUGCUGCGGAAAUGUUGAGAUGGCUUGGGGAAAAAUACGCUGCGGAUUUGUUGAUGGAGAGCGUGGAAAAUGUGCUAGAGAGUGGUGUGAAAACGUUGGAUUUGGGUGGGCAAGCAAAUACCCAACAAGUGGUGGAUGCGGUGUGUAAGGAGAUUGAAGUGGUGGUUGGUCAGAGAAAGGCGAAUUAUUCGGCGAUUUUUGCUUUUCUUUCUAAUUCUGGCGGGGCAGAAGCGCAUUAA